GUUGUUUGGAUGCUGGGAAACAAGAGACUCGCGAAGGUACUCAUCCCCACCGCCAGCGAGAUGGCGGCUACCGCGACCGCCACCACCACCGCGAUGGAGGGCAUCGAGGCGACCGCGGCCGCCACCACCACAGAGGCCGCCGCCGGCCAGUCUGCAGCCAUCCCCGAGAAAUAUAUGCAUAAAAACCGCUUGCAAGAGUUUGCUGUGCGAACACAAAAGAAACUGCCGAUCUACAACGUUGAGCGUGAAGGCGAGUAUCAUCAUCCUAAGUUCAGAUGCACAGUGGAAGUGGGUGGUCAGAAGUUUUCAUCAACUGGUAGUUUCAGUCGUAAGAAGGAAGCAGAGCAGGAUGCUGCCAGAGUGGCUUAUGAGAUCUUGGCACCAAUUGAAGAGGGUGAUGUUAAUAAAGAGGUGUUUGGGCUGAUUGAUCAGGAUGUGGUGUUCUGCAAAUCAAUUCUUUAUGAAUUUGCUGUCAAGACAAAAACCGCUCGGCCCUCAUACUCUGAAGAUUGUCUCAAAGAGCCCUUCACCAUGUUUGUUGGAUCUGUGGUGUUUGAUGGGAAUACCUAUACUGGUGAAUCUGCAUCCAACAAGAAGGAUGCACAGCAGAAUGCAGCUCGUGCUGUGAUCAAGUCAAUAUUAGCUACAGGUAACUCUUGUAUGAGUGGAAUCAUUAGGUCAAAGAAACAUCUUAUCACUGCCAUCAAAUCUUCUGAAAGCACCCCAACUGCUUUUACUCCUAUAAAGUUUACACGCGCUGUUACAUAUGCAGCAUAUGGCGGACCAGAUCAUGUAGCACCUGCGUCACAAGAUGAAUCUUCCUCAUUAGGUGUUCAAGAACACAGCAUUGUACCAGCAGUUGGGACAUCCGCCAAUCCAUCUGCAAAAGCUGUAAGUGGUUCAAAGAAGCGCAAGGGCAGAGUUGGAGGAGCAGAUGUCAAUGGAACAAUGGUUGCCAAGGAGCAUUAACUUCUCACCCAUCAACAUAAGGUUCAGAAAGGUCCGCCUCAUCAAUGGUGUACUCAGGGGUGAUGGAAGUGACGGGCUUGCUCACAUGGUGCAGUGUGGCACGUGCAUUUCUUUAGUAGGAUAUUUCAACUGACAUUGGAUUGGCAUUUCCUUCAUAUCGCUCUAUACAGCUGUAGGGUUAGUCAUCUUUGCUGUUGCCGAACAAAACUAGGGCGAUGUCCUCUCUCCCCCUUAAGGCUUCUACAAGGUAACCAGUUAAUGUGGUGUCCAACUGAUGUCUGCGUAGUCUGUAAAGAUGUCUUGCGUCAGAUCAUCGCCGAUGAUUGUGCUGGGUCUGUAUGGUAACAUGGUAUUCUGCGAAGAAGCAAUUUUCUUGUGCUUUCGUUUCUACUCAUAAUUUCUAGUUGUCAUAUUUUUGGUGAUA